CAACAAAUCUCUGCAAAGCUACGCCAAGCUGCGCCAUGAGUCGAACCUUGGUCUUCGGUGGCCGCGGCUUUGUGGGUGCAGCAGUCUGCAGAGAGCUUGCAAAGCGAGGACUUCCAGCUGCGAGCCUGGGCCGUUCACAGCCCAAAGAACCUAGUGGUGUGGAGGAGAUUGGUGGCAUUGAUGCAUUGAAGCCCGAGACCUUUGACUCUUUGUUGCCUGGAGCGCGGGCAGUGGUGAUUGCAAUUGGUGAACCUCCGUGGGUUCGAGACAAGGAGAGAGCCAUGAGGUUCAACGGCAUUACAAAUAUCAAUAUACUGCAAUCAGCAGCAAAGCACAAGGUUCCUCGCAUUGUAUUGGUGAAUGCGACGAUGCCAACCUGGUCCCUCAUUGCCCCAUACAGAGAGGGCAAGCUGGCUGCAGAGCGGGAGGCCCUCAGCUAUCCAGAAAAGUGUGGCACCAACUGCCAUGUGGUGGUGCUCAAGCCUGGUGCCAUUUCAGGCACGCGGCAGGAAGGGAGUCUUGAGGUCCCGCUUUGGAUCAUUUUGGAACCGAUGCGGCUGGUGAUGUCUUGGAUGUCAUGGCCCUGCGAAGUACUGGAGGGCUGCUUACCAAGCCUAUUUGGAGGUGCAGCUGCAAGUGCUGCUCCAGGGUGCUGCUGCAGGCUGUCCAUGGCCGUGUGCGCGUCCUCCGUCCCCCCGUGCGGGUGGAGGAGCUAGCGAUGGCUGCAGCUGAUGCUGUUGAGGCGACUUCCUUGGAAGGUGUCCGUGAACUUGGCACAAAGGAACUAGUAGGCUACAGCAGUUCUGACAAGACGCAGUAGAUGCGGGAGUUUAGUUUCCCAAAGUUUUCGAGGCUGAGAACCAAGAGUGAA